AAACCAACUAUAAACAACUUUUAAAAGACGGAAAUGAGCUUCUCGGAAAACACCUCCGAUUCAGAAUGGAAGGCGAGCAAGGAGAAAGUACAACGGACGGCUAAGCAAUCAUUAAAGCGGGACAAGGAGCAGAGAACUCUGAAGCCCAAAUACAACCAGAAAUUCUGCGAAAAGUGGCUUAAGAUUUUCGAUCCGUGGCUCCGACGGGCGGCCGAGGAUCCCAACAAGCCCUUCUGCCGCGCUUGCCAGUGCACCAUGGACUGCAAUCGAUGCCACCUGGUGCGUCACGAGCGAACCACCAAGCACAAGCGCAAUCUGGAGGCUCUGCUCACGAAGGGCGAAGGCGCGGCGCUCCAGGAGUUCCGGAUUCGCCAGCAGCGUAGCAAGUACUAUCACCAGCGUAAAUUGGUGGUGAUCGAGCCCAUGGCUGAGAACCUCGAGUUGGAGACGUCUUCUCCUCCAGAACCUAUCCCCAUUGUGGCCGUUGCAGAUCAAAGCUGCUCUUCUGCAGCCAUAGAGAAGGUUACAGUACCCAAACAGGAGCUCUUGACAGAGACAGAGACCACAACAAAGGUGACCGAACCCUCGUCAAGUCAUGCCAAUCGCAGUGACUGCUCCUCUUCCGCCUCUAAGCAGGAGGGCAUCAAGUUAUUAAUGCAGAUCCACCAGGACAAAAACGAGCUCAUGGAAUCCUUUCGCGAGCUCAUGGGAAGCCAGAGAACACAAAGUCACACACCGCCGCCCAAGGAGAAGAAUCAUGUGGAUCUGUUUUUCGAAAGCGUUAGUUCCAGCGUGAAAGCCCUCUCGCCAAAGUUGGUGGCGGAAGCCAAGAUGCGGGUAUCACAGUUGAUCUGUGAACUCGAGCUACGCGGCCUCAGUGAAGCCAGUCAAACGGACGCACUGAAUCCAAACCCUCACGCUAAUGAAUCCCUCGUACUCCGCCCGUCAUGACAAGGGAUUGCCCAUCAGCCAGGGCUUAGAGGCUUACAAUAGUCAAGUGCAUAUAUUAAUUUUCAAUUUUAAAAUAAAUUAUAUUGAUUUUUAUACGAACAAU